CAGUUAUAAGCGCAUCCACUUAUAGAAAUCGAAAGGAUAUCUCUCUGCUCUCUGCUCCCUCUCCCUCUCCGAUGGAUCCAAACCCUAAUAGCUUUCCGAUUCUCUCCUAUGUGAUGUCGAAGCUCCCGAGUAUCGGCCCCAAACAUGCGGCCGGUGCAGAAUUUGACGUCGAGAAGCCGCCGCCUGGUGCGUCGAUGUUGGGGGAACCACAAUUCGAUCUGGAGGAUCGGAUGCCGCGAUUGACGGACCCCGAGGUGAUCGAGGCUAUGCGGUCGGCGGUCUCUGAGGUGGCUCAGGCCCGCUCCGUGCUCCAAACCCUAGGGGACCGGCCGGACCAUGAGACUGUCGACGUCGCCAAGGCCAAGGUGGUCGAGAUUGACACGAAGCUCUCGAAGCAGCUCGAGGGGAUAGUGUUGUCGCCGCGGCCGACGGAGGCCGACCGGCUGGAGUGGAACUUGCGGCUCGCCGAGAAAGAGAAGAGUUGCCGGGAAACGGCGGAGAGGGAGAGGCAGCUGUACAGGGCGGUGAUUGCGUUGGAUGAAAUGCACGAGUCAUACGGGAGGAUGUUGAGAAAAGCCGAGGCUAAAUUGGAGAAGAUUUAUGAGGCGGCAUUGGCUGGCGGCCGUGUGGAGGAGGAGGUGGAGGAGGGAGAUCGGGUGGUGGAGGUGGAGCAAAAUGAGGAGGUGGUUGGGAUUUUGCAGCAGGCGUCCGGGAAGGGGUUAGAGAGGAUCGAUCUGUCGGGAAAGCGGCUGCGUUUGAUACCGGAGGCGUUUGGCCGGCUUCGCGGGCUGGGCGCGCUUAACCUGUCAUCUAACCAACUUGAGGCAAUUCCUGAUUCAAUUGGAGGCCUAGAAAAUCUCGAGGAGCUUAAUCUUGCUUCAAACCUUCUGGUUUCUUUGCCAGACUCCAUUGGAUUGCUGCUCAAAUUGAAGAUUCUAGAUGUUUCUGGAAAUAAGCUUGUUACCUUGCCUGACAGCAUUUGUAGGUGCAGGUCAUUGGUGGAGUUGGAUGCGGGCUUCAAUAGGCUGACUUAUCUGCCUACAAACAUCGGCUAUGAACUCAUGAACCUAAGAAAGCUUUCUAUCCAUUUGAACAAGAUCCGUACUCUUCCCUCUUCCAUAGGCGAGAUGAGAUCUUUGCAUACCCUGGACGUACAUUUCAAUGAGCUACGAGGCUUGCCAUUAGCUAUAGGGAGAUUGACCAACCUUGAGAUACUCAAUCUGAGCAGUAAUUUCAGCGAUCUAACAGAACUUCCUGACACAAUUGGUGAUUUAACCAAUUUGAAAGAACUUGACGUCAGCAACAACCAGAUCCACGCCCUCCCUGAUACAUUUGGCCGGCUUGAGAAUCUAACCAAGCUCAACUUGGAGGGAAACCCUCUUGUAAUUCCACCGAAGGAGGUUGUCAGUGAAGGGGUUGAAGCCAUUAAGGUUUUCAUGGCUAAGAGAUGGCUCGACAUAUUGGUGGAGGAAGAGAGGAAGAGCAUGCUUGAAAUGCAGGAGGAAACACAUAUCGGAUUGCUGACUCGCAGCACCUCCUGGUUGAAAAAUGUUGUUUCUGGUGUGUCUGGAACCGUUUCAGGAUACAUGGGGACACUUGGAAAAUCUCCCGUGGACCCUUGCCUUGAUCAGCAGCUAUGAUCUUAUCCUUCCUUUCCAUGGCACAUCCAUUUGAUGAAGAUUUUGUGAAACAAGUCGUCUAUUGUUGCCCCUUCCUUAUUUGACACUGCUUUAAGUUGUAUGAUCGAGUAGCAUCUUUGCAUAGCACUACCCAGAAUCCUCUGAAAUGUCCAAUGCAUUUUUGUACAUAACUAGAUGGUUAGGGACCCAACUAUGUUGUUUCCUUUUGAUUAUAAUUCCAUAUGACUGUAUUGGACGCAUGGAGGUUCCUUUUGCUUAUUUACGUGCAAUAAUAUAUGGGUAUUCAUAAUGUA